AUGGCCUCCCGCUUGCAACAAGUUUCUUCUCACCUUGCUCCCUCUGACAAUGUCGCCAACAAGGUUGGUGUCAAGUCGCCUGAGGAUGUUGUCAUUGUCUCGGCUCUUCGUUCGGCCAUCACUCGUGCCCGCAAGGGUGGUUUCAAGGAUACUCUUCCUGAAGAAAUUCUUUCUGGUGUCUUCCAGGGUGUCCUCAAGCAGACCAAGAUUGAUCCCGCACUUGUAAACGACAUUGCUGUUGGCAAUGUCUUGCCUGCUGGUGGCGGUGCUACCAACGCCCGUAUGGCUGCUUUGCACGCCGGCUUCCCCGAGACCACCUCCGUCAACACUGUCAACCGUCAGUGCUCGUCUGGUCUCCAGGCCGUUGUCCAGAUCGCCACUGCUAUCCAGACCGGUUUGAUUGAAGUCGGUAUUGGUGCUGGUGUCGAGUCCAUGACCAAGAACUAUGGCGGCGGUGCCAUGGCUGCUACUUCCGAAAAGAUUGCUGACAGCUGCGCUGCUGCUGCUGACUGCUUGAUGCCCAUGGGUAUCACCUCUGAAAACGUCGCUGCUGAAUUCAACGUCACCCGUGCAAAGCAGGAUGCUUUUGCUGCCUCUUCGCAUGCCAAGGCCGUUGUUGCCCAGAAGAACGGCUGGUUCAAGGACGAGAUCGUCCCUCUUGAGGCCACUGUUGAGGACAAGGAUGGUAACGAGAAGACUGUUAUUGUCGACCGUGACGAUGGUGUCCGCCCUGGCACUACCCCUGAGGGUCUUGCCAAGCUUCGCCCCGCCUUUGACGAGUCCGGUUCCACCACUGCUGGUAACGCCUCCCAGGUCUCUGACGGUGCUGCUGCCGUCUUGUUGAUGAAGCGUAAGACUGCCCAGAAGCUCGGCCUCCCCGUCUUGGGCAAGUACAUCACCUCUGCCGUCGUCGGUGUCCCCCCUCGCGUCAUGGGUAUCGGUCCCGCUUUCGCCAUCCCCGUCGCCGUCGAGCGCGCUGGCUUGAAGCUCUCGGACAUUGACGUCUAUGAGAUCAACGAGGCCUUCGCCUCGCAGGCCGUCUACUCGGUUGAGAAGAUUGGUGUCCCCAUCGAAAAGGUCAACCCCAAGGGUGGUGCCAUUGCUUUCGGCCAUCCUUUGGGCUGCACUGGUGCUCGUCAGAUCGCCACUUUGAUGCCCGAAUUGAAGCGCCAGGGCAAGAAGCUCGGUGUCACCUCCAUGUGCAUCGGUUCCGGUAUGGGUAUGGCUGCCGUCUUCGAGAGCGAGCAGUAA